CAUGGAGGUGACAUUUCAGAAGCAAUGAAGGUUAUGAAUGAAGCUCGUGAACUUGAUCUUCAAGACAGGUUCAUUAAUUCAAAAUGUGCAAAAUAUAUGCUCAGAGUUGAUCAAACUGAUGAAGCAGAAAAAACUAUUGAUCCACUAACAGAUCUUAUUGAUAUGCAAUGUAUGUGGUUUGCACUUGAAGAAGGUGAAUCCUAUAUGAGAAGGAAUAAAUUAGGUAAAGCUUUGAAACGGUUUCAUCAAAUUGAAAAG